AUCAAGCAACAAUAUCUAAUUUGACUAAACAUAAAUUCACGUUUUAGUGAACGAAAUCUAAUUAUAUCGUUUGUAACGUUUACCAUGACAAACAGCUAAGUUAUGUGUGCGUCACUCCGUCGAGUUACUAGAAACUCGUGCUAAUGUUGUUGCCCCUGCUGUUGUUUUGUUGCUAUUUUUGUUGCUGUUGUUGUUUUCUGUUGCCUUUGCAGCAAAUAUAUUUUUGUACAAAUUUUAAAUUUAGAUUAUAUUAGCAGACGUAAUUGGAAAAAGCGGGUAUGUCUCUUUUACUUUUCGUUAUCGUUCUAUCCUCAAUGACGCCGUGUUCAAGCGAGAUCGUAGAACGUGAUAUUCAACCAUGUCAGAGAUCAGCUGUGUACAAAAUUGACGUCACAGUCGGCGACGACGUUGCACUAAAAUGUAUUUGGAGCAAUCCCUACUAUGACGCAUUAGAAUGGACACUCGGAAAUAUCGUCAUGGAAGAAUGCAAUAAUCUACAACAAAUGGGUGUCUGUACUACAGAAUUUGCGCACCACAGUGAUAGGAUUCUUUACUUUCGAAAUGUAAACUCGACAUUCAGAGGUGUUUACUCCUGCAACUUUUAUUUUUACAGCAACCUGAAAUGCUCUAAGAAUGUGUCAGUUAUGGUGGCAACAUUACCAACCUCGCCUGUUCCCUCAACAGAUUACCCAAUAACAACAGCAGCGGCUAAAACAGCAACAGAGUUGCAAUCAGUGAAACAAACAACAACUAUAGUGGAAGACGAUUGGCUAUUUCCUACAACAAAAAUCAUCUCGCCUGCAAGUCUAGGAGACGGCGAGUUAGGAAGAUCUGAUGAAACUCUCGAUUCCAAGACGAAGACGAUAGUUGCUUUGCUUGCGAGCGUCUUCUUUCUAAUCUUAGCAGUUGGCGUGACCGCGUAUUAUUUGUGGCUACGACGAGAACGUUCUGUUGUUACUGCUUCUGAGGAGAAAAAGGAGUGCAGAGUUAGUUUGGAUGCAUACAAGCACUUGGAAUUUGACCGAAAUCACUUGACUUUGUUUGAAAAGUUGGGAGAGGGACAUUUUGGUACUGUUCAUAGAGCGCGAGCCUGUGGUAUUGUUACUCCCGGCCAGAACAUCACUGUCGCUGUAAAAAUGUGCAAAACUAUUGAAAAUAAUGCAGACGAGACCGGAUUCUGUGAGCAAAGUCUGUGUGUGGAAGUAGAACUUCUUGUUAAGAUCGGUAGCCACAACAACGUCGUCAAACUGUUGGGCAUGUGCUCGCAAGGAGGACCGCUGUGGCUUAUAUUUGAGGGAGCUCAGCUUGGAAAUCUAUUGACGUAUUUGCGAUCUGCUAGAGACGUCGUAGAGGGACAGUCCUGUGUAAUUACGACCAAUCAGAGUACAACGGGGGAAAAUGUACUCAUCACACAAAGAAAAAUGUUUACGUUUGGAGAGCAGAUAGCAAAGGGAAUGGCGUACCUCUACAGCCAAAAGAUACUUCACCGUGAUCUUGCCGCCCGCAAUGUCUUGGUGUUUAAUAACGAAGUCCUCAAAAUGAGCGAUUUUGGAUUGGCCAGAGACAUCAAAUAUCAUGAGUACUAUCGUCGUAAGACUCCGUGCGAAAUGCCGGCAAAAUGGAUGUCUCCAGAGGCAAUCAUGCAUAAAGUCUACACGCAAGCUAGUGAUGUGUGGUCUUUUGGCAUCGUGCUGUGGGAAAUAGCCACCCUUGGUGGGUCUCCAUAUCCUAGUAUUUGUAUUUCAAGGUUGUAUGAUCUUCUCGUUGAGGGUUAUCGCAUGAGCUGUCCUGUCAAUUGUCCUCGUCUUUUUCAUACCAUAAUGCUUCGUUGUUGGGAAGCUGAAGCAAGUGAAAGGCCAACUUUUGUAACUCUUAUUACAAUGCUUUCUCAUCCGAUAGAAGAAACGAAAAUAUAUCCACCAGCCGUCGGUCAAGAAUUUAUAGACUCUGCCAAAACAGCUUGCCAUUAGUAGCAUUUGCAAUCGAUUAAUUUUAGAAAUGGUAAUGGAAAAUCGUUUUGAACUUAAAGUAUUUGUAGUACUUUUUAGUAUGAUAUGAUAAUUAAUUUAUUUAAUUGAGUUGUAAUUGAAUUUUUAUUAACAAAUGUGCGUGCGUGCGCGCGCUUGCGAGCGUA